AUGCCCGGUUUAUCGGAGCCGGCCGAGUCUCUCGCCUGGAAGAAACGAAAGCGAGAUCAUGAGGAGACGGUGACCUUGGCUCGUCCCUCGACCUUUGGGCCUCCAUUUCGGGCGGAUCGUUCUGACGGCGACCACAACGACCUCUCGUUCCGGCCGCGGUGUCUUCCUCGUAAACGCCGACAUGUCCAACCACCCUAUCUCACUCUUCCUACGCCGCAACCUUCGCUACUCUCACCCAACGUCUAUGGCUCACCCGCUCCAGACCCAUACUCUCCGCCCGUAUCCCCCAAGACUAUCGUCCCGCUCUCAUAUCCAUCCGCCCCGCCGUCGGCCCUCCGGCCCUGUCACAUCUGCCAUCGCCGGCCCACCACCCGCCAGGUCCUGGAUGCUUACGCCGACUGUGAUCUCUGCGGUGAGCGAGCCUGCUUCAUCUGUCUUCGUCAAUGUGACGCCGUCCCCUGCGGAGGCUCCGUCGGUCUCUCCGGCAACCAGUCGAAUCCAGCUCUGAUCACUCCUCACGGCGACCUCAAUGGUGAUGGUGAGUCUCGACGGAAGAUCUGCUCCAGCUGCGCAGUCGAGGGCGUGACCGAGACCGGCGUCGAAAUCGUGCGGUGUCUCGAUUGUGUGCGUGGUCAUUCAACUCCCUGGUCUGCCUCGUCUCUGGCUUCUGGGUCAACAUGGGACGGGAUGCGCCAUGUUACCAUGAACGGAUAA